AUGCCCAUUGCACUUUCGAAUACCAAACUAUUCAAAGAAAUUAAAGUCGGCGAUGUUGAGCUAAAAAAUAGAUUUGUUUUUGCUCCUACCGGUCGUAUGCGAUGCAUAGAGGAUUGUCCAACGGACUCUAUGUUGAAAUUUUAUUCUGAAAGAGCCAAGGACAACGGAGGAUUGAUAACUGUGGAGGGUACGAUUACCUCAAACAAAGUAGCAGGUUUUCCCGGAUUACCUUUUUUAGGUACCGAUAAACAAGUACAAGGAUGGAAGAAAAUUGUUGAAGCUAUUCACGAAAAUGGCUCUAAAGUAAGUCUUCAAAUUGCGGAAAUGGGUAGAUCAGCGCUUCCACAAGUCUGUAAAGCUCAGAAUGUUCCUUUUGUGGGUCCUUCUGCUAUAUAUGUUGACGAAAAAAGCAGAAAGGCUGCCGAAGAAUGUGGUAAUCCUCUUCGUGCUUUCACAAGUGAUGAGUUGCCGGACAUUGUCGAACGAUUUGUGAAAGCAGCCAAGAAAGCUAUUGAAGUCGCCAAAUUCGACUUUGUGGAAAUCCAUGCGGCCAACAUGACCCUUUUAAAUCAGUUUUUAGAAGAAGCAUCAAACCAGAGAAAGGAUAAUUAUGGGGGAAAUAUCGAGAAUAGAUCUAGAUUGGUACUUGAAAUAGUUGAUGGUAUAGUGAAGGAAGUUGGAGCUGCAAAAGUUGGUAUUAGAAUUUCGCCUUACUCUCGUUUUAUGGGUGGUCUAAGUAUUGAUGCUAAAAUCAAUCCAGUAGCCAAUUAUGGCUACCUUCUUAGUGAACUUGAGAGGAGAGCCAAAGAGGGUAAUAGAAUUGCAUAUCUCUCGUUUAUUCAACCAAGAUCAUAUGGAGGUGAAAUAAUAGAAGAAUCCUACAUUCCAGAUUCUUCGUGGGUUAAUGAAAUCUGGAAAGGUGUCAUUAUCAGAACUGGAAACUUGCUUCACGAUGAGGACUACAGCCAACUAAGAGAAUUGAUCGAUGAUGACGAUAGAACUCUCAUUGGGGGUUCGAGAUACGGUACGUCAAACCCGGAUUUGGUUAACAGAUUGAAAAACGGCUACUCGCUUACUAAGUACGACAGAAGUACUUUUUACAGGGGUCCUUCUAACUGGGGUUACAUAACCUGGCCAAGAUUUGGAGAGAAGAUUAUCACCGAAGAUAGUGAAAUUGCCAAAGCUACUCCAAAGGUAUUGGUUUGA